UAAGAGACAUGGAUGUUGCAUAUGUUUACGUAUUUCUUUUAACCUUCUUCAAUGUAAUAUUAGAAGUAUCUUGCCAGUCUGCACAAGAAGAAUGUCCAGCAACCUAUCAUCAAUGUACAGGAGGCACUUGGUGUUGUCCAGAAGGUCUUUAUUGCACAGGAACAUCUCUGUGUUUAUCAAUUAAUGGUAUGAUAGUUUUGGCGAUAUUGUCUUCUGUAGGACUAGGAAUUUUACUUGCCGCUGUUUGUGUUGUUUAUUCAAAAUGUACAGAGAUUAAACACAAGAAAAUUCAAGUGAAACCAGCGAAACCUCAUGUUACCAUUCCCGAAAAAAGUGGAAAUCAUCAUUCGCCACCAUAUUACAUUGUUUAACUUGUAUAUUCCUUCUUUUAUCUAAAACUGUGCAUAAUCACAGAGGAUGUGAGAUGGAUAGAUAUAAAUCGUAAGAAUAUGUAGAAUUAAUGUACAAUUUAACAAUAAAUACUUACGUUACUAGCGAUUGCAUAUUCGGGUAUACCGACCUUUCUCGUAUCAGAGGUUUAACAGUUGAUUUACAUGGAUGGAACCUACCUUUACAGCAUCAGCGGUGUGACAGUUCAUUUACAUGGAUGGAACCUACCUUCCCAGUAUCAGCAGUACAGUUGAUGGAAAAGGAAAAGACGAGUGCUACUGAAUUGAUGUCUAAGGUGUUAAGGUUAAAAUGAAGUAAUUUUGCCGGUGUUAAAUUCACCUACUGCGCUACAAUGAUUGUG